CUAUCCAACCCCAUCACACCCUCAGACCACACUUCCCACUCACGUUCCACCUUUCUCCACCUCCUUGGUGACUCCAACUACUCCCAUAGUCAUCACCCCUAUCCUCCCAGAGAUGUCCACUUUCUCCUCCAUCCCUACAAUGCCAACAGGCACCAUUUCUCCACCGACAACGGUCAAGGCCACAGGGUCCACCCACACAGCCCCAUCAAUGACAGUGACUACCAGUGGGACCAGCCAAGCCCACAGCUCAUUCAGCACAACCACAGCCUCUUCUUCCUUCAUAUCCUCCUCCUCGUGGCGGCCUCCGAACUCUAGCUCAAGGCCACCGUCACCACCUUCCGCCACCACACAACUCCCCCACUUGAGUUCUGCAACCACUCCUGUUUCUACAACUAAUCAGCUGUCCUCCUCAUUUUCUCCCACUCCUUCUGCCCAGUCUUCUGUUUCUUCUCAUGUACCUUCCUCCCACUCCUCUCACCAGACUUCAUCUUCAGCUGGUACAUCUUCCUCUGUCGUGUCCACCCCCGUGCACUCCACAACCCUGAGCUCGAGCUCACACUCCUCGUUCUUCACUCAUCCCACAACUGCAUCAGGGUCUGCAUCUCCCUUUUUUCCUUCUUCUCCAGCUGCCUCUACCACCAUUAGGGCCUCUCUCCCCCACACUAUCUCCUCUCCUUUCACCCCCUCUGCUCUACUCCCCAUAUCCACUCUUACUGUGUCUCCCACCCCAUCCAGUCACCAAGCCUCCAGCUCCGCUGCAUUUCCGUCCACGCCCAGGACCACGGCCAGCACCCACACCGCCCCUGCCUUCUCCUCUCAGUCCACCACCUCGCGGUCCACUUCUCUCACCACCCGAGUUCCCACGUCAGGCUUUGUGUCACUCACCUCGGGGGUGACGGGUAUCCCUAGCUCUCCACUCACCAACCUUACCACCAGGCACCCUGGUCCCACCUCACUGCCUACCACGCAGUUCCUGACCAGCUCCCUCACUGCGCAUGGAAGCGCCCCUGCUUCUGCCCCGGUAUCUUCUCUCGGGACACCUACGCCCACCUCACCUGGGGUCUGCAGCGUGCAGGAGCAGCAGGAGGAGAUCACGUUCAAGGGAUGCACGGCGAACGUGACGGUAACCCGCUGUGAGGGCACCUGCAUUUCUGCCGCCAGUUACAACACCAUCACCCAGCAGGUGGACGCCCACUGCGGCUGCUGCCGCCCCCUCCACUCCUAUGAGCAGCAGGUGGAGCUGCCCUGCCCAGACCCCAGCGCGCCUGGCCGGCAGCUCGUACUCACCCUGCAGGUGUUCAGCCGCUGCGAGUGCAGCUCUGUGGCCUGUGGAGCCUAGCAGGGUCGCUGCCCGCUCUCCUGGGGCUGAAGGACUGCAGAUGACAGACAGGACAAACACCCGCCGGCCUCCCUCCCACUUGUGCCGGCAGCUGCUUUCCUGGUCACCAGGCCUGGCCCGCAAGUGCCCCCAGCCGUGGCUCACCUGGGGCACCGGUGGGAGAGGGGCUGCCAAGCAGAGGCCCAGACCACCACACCCCUGCAGACCCUGAGCCAGCAGAGAGGGACUGAGGCGGGCAGUGGCCACGCACCCUCCCAGGCACACAGGGCACUCUCGACCACCCGUCUACCAUCCAACACCUCCCAGCCCUUGAACUUGGCCCCAGCCCUGCUGGGCCCAGAACCCUGCAGAUGAGGCCAGAACAGGCGCUGGACCAGACCCGUCAGGACCUGUGCUGAGAUGGGGGCAAGAGGCCCAGGCAGCCACCGACACAGAAAAGAGGAGCUCCCCAGAGUCAGGGAGGGCAGAGGGUGGCAGCGAGGGCAGGGCAGCCACCCCCGCUCCCAGCCAGGCAGAAGGCCCCGGCCAGCACCACACCUGUCCCCAGCAGCUUGUCCUCGGGAGAGGGCGUCACCCGACCAGAGACUCCAAAUAAACUGGUUCUUGUCAAGGCA